CACCACCUGAUCAAUAUGUGCCAACAUGGAGAAAAGGCAGCUGAAGCAGUUCUUACUGGCUAUACAGAAAACAUCAUCGCCUUCCACAUGAAAAACAUCUCCAACAACAAGGACAAAGCCCACCUCCUCUUGAACAAUACAGCAAAUGUCCUGCGAAAUGACUCCAAGCCUCCCCAGCAACCUCCGUCUCACACCCAAGAUCAGAGCCACCAGCCUGGAUCCAAGCCAUCCUUACCUGGCAUGGCAGAGCCUGCCCCACCGCAGCCUUCGAAUCAAGGGAGCCAAUCUGGUGUUCUUCCGCAGGAAGGCUCAUCCUCUACAGGCAUGGAAUCCAAAAAUAUUCCCGGCAGUAGCCCCAGUAACACUACACCCCCAGCUGACCAGGCCCCUGUCACCCAAGCAGAGGCAGGCCUCAACCCCCCAACGUCAGGUGAAAGUGGACAGGGUGGAGGAUCUGGUGGAGCAGGUCUGACACCCCAACAACAGCAGCAGCAGCAGCAGCUGGCCCAGGAGCUGUUGAACAUGGAGGCCAACACAGAGGGUCUUUCACAAGAACAGUUAGAACAUCGGCAGCGCUCGCUGCAGACCUUGCGAGAUAUUCAGCGUAUGCUCUUCCCUGAUGACCGUGAUGCCCCGCCAACUGGCCCGCCACAGUCCCAUGGUGGACCCCAUGAUGGAGGCCCUGAUGCUGCACCCCGGAGGCCUGAGCAGGGCCCCUUACAGGCUAUGAUGGCACAGUCUCAGAGCCUUGGACCACCAAGUGGGCCAGGAGUACCUCGUCCACAAGGUCCACCUUUUGGCCCACCCCAUGGUCCGAGGGACAUGCCCCCCUUUCCACAAGACGAAAUGGGUCCGCACAUGGGAGGUCCAGGUGGAUGUGGAGAUGGAGACCAGAUGACCCCAGAACAGGUGGCGUGGUUGAAGCUGCAGCAGGAAUUUUAUGAAGAGAAGAGGAAGAAACAAGAAAUGCAACACCGGCCACUUGCUCCAGAUAUGAUGAUGCACCCCCAUGGUCCACGUGGCAUGAUGCGAGGACCCCCACCUCCUUACCAGAUGGGCCCAGGAGAGAUAUGGGGAGGACCUGGUGGGCCGCCAGAUCACUAUCCAGAGCGCAUGAGCAUGGGUCCUGGUCCCAGGGGUAUGCCCCCACAUAUGCAGAGAAUGCCUGGUUUCUCUGGUAUGAUGAAUCCUGAGAUGGAGGGCCCCCCGAGGCCUGGAAUGGGGUGGCCUGAUGAUAUGCCUCCUCGUAUGGGAGAAGCACGGGGUUUCCCUGGAGGACCUGGGGGAAUGUUUGCUGGUCCAGGAGCUCGUGGUGAGCGUUUCCCAAACCCUCAGUCAGUCCAAGAGGCAAUGUUUCACCAAGGAAUGGGUGGAGACAAGGGUCUCCCUCCUGGGAUGAUGAUGGACAUGCAAAGGAUGAUGGGACACCAAAGAAGUGGAAUGGAACCAGGUAAUGGCAUGGGUAUGUUUCCCAGAAUGCCUGGCGAUGGUCCUAUGAGUCCAUCGUCUAGGCUCCCAGGAAUGGGGGGCCGAGAAAUGGGGCCCGUGUUUGGCAUGGGGCCUGGCCCUGGGCCAGGACCUCAUAUGCACCCUUCCAAACUACGAGAUCCCCCCAUGAAUCUGAGUCCUGAUGAGAUGAUGAGAAUGAGAGGAGGUGGAGGGCCAAUGGAGAACAUGGGUCCACAAGGAAGGCCCAUGCAGGGUCCUUCCUUCCCAUGUUAGGUGGCGGCUCACCUAACAUGAU